CGUAUAGACAAAUCUGACUAGACUGGAAAGGGAAGUUGUAGUUAUGUUCGUGGUCCGACGUUGUAGAGACGGAGACGAUACGAUUCUCGUCUAGAUUAUAGACAUAACCGGAUAUAAGAUGGCGGGUGUCUCGCUGCAAGAAAAAGGCUGGUUCUUAUCAGAAGAAGGCAUAGAACAAUGUAGUUCGGGAGGGAAGUCUGAUGUUGAGUCGAUCAUCAGAACUGCCUUAAAUACAGACCUAAGAGAAAUUGCCAAGGGAUGGCUUCCAGAGGAUUUAAACAGAGGCCGUGCAGAUUAUGUUCAGGGCCCAGGUGUAUUACAGCUGCAGAAAAUACGUAAUGUAUCUGCCCCUAAGGAUAAUGAAGAAUCUCAAUAUGCACCUCGGCUGAUGAAACUAGUCCUAACUGAUGGCCAUAUCACAUGUUCAGCUGUGGAAACUGAGGUGUUGAAAGAAAUAGGGUCAAAAACUGCGCCGGGUAGCAAGAUUCUGUUGAAGAAGAUGACAGUUGGUGUGGAACAUGGUUUCUUGUUAUUAAAUAACAAAAACAUGAAACACCUUGGUGGGCGUGUUGAGAAAAUGGCCGAGGGCUGGGAACUGAAAAAGAAGUUGGCAAAACAACAGCGAGGUAGCUAUACUACAGAAGGUGGACCUCCGCCGUUUGUACCGUUUGGUCAGAGGAUAGGUAACGAUGCUUAUAAGACCACAACGAGACGAGAUAAUUUCAAGUCUCUGGACGCCAACAAAGCUGAGAAGAAGGCAGAGGACAAUGAGUUUGAACAACAAAGAAAAGCCACCAUAGCUGAGGCCAUGCAAGCCAAAGAAGAUGUUCAGUCAAAAAAGUUUGGAGGUGGACAAAAACAGGUGUCUAAUGACCAUGAUGUGGCCAAAAUAACAGAAAUGGGUUUUAAAGCUGAGGAAGCGAACAAUGCUCUCCGAAUCAGUAAUGGUAAUGUUCAACAAGCAUUAGACUACCUCUUAAAAGGUGGGGGAUCAAUGGAUCGGCGUUCCCAAGGUGGCCCUAACAGACAGUCAAGUUACGAAUCUGGGGAUCGGAGGGGUCAAGGUGGUCCGAAUAGACAAUCGAGUUACGAGGAUAGAAAGCCGCAGGGUGUAAUGAACAGACAGUCAAACAAUGAUUCAGAUAGAGGACGGGGGAGGAGGGAUCGGAGAGAUGAUGAUACAGGUCCACCAAGAGGUCGGCGUGGAAGGGACACAGAAGAAGGUGAUGAAGUCAGUAGUAAACCGUCCGGUCCAGCCACCUUGUUUGAUUUCCUUGCUGUUUCAAAUAAAAUACCCGAGGCUAAAGAUACAAAACCAAAACCAUCCUCUGGAAAAGAUACCUCAAAUAGAAACCAUUAUGAUAACCGAGAACGUCCUAGAACGUCCAGUGGAAGUUCUGACCAGUCAAAUCGUGCAAAACAAUCUGUACCUCCUAGAUUUGUGAACAAACCAAAAUAUGAUCAAGGUCAGAACAGGGGUCAAGGUUAUUACCAAGAUGAGAGGUCACAAAGGUCAAGGGAGGACAGGCCUAAAACAGCUCCGUCAGAAAACCGCAGAUAUGAAAACCGGACACAGAAUGAUAGAAAUACAAGUGAAAGAGACAGAAAUACUAGUGAAAGGAACAGAAACUAUAACGAUAGAAAUUAUAAUGAUAAUAGGGACUACAAAAGAGGUGGGGGUAAAACUGACGACAGAAACUUUAAACAAAAUGAUAGGAAAACAGCAAAUUAUGAUUCUAAGUCAAAUUCAAAUAAUUAUCAAAGACAGUCCGACAAUAGGGAAAAUUCCCGAGGGAAUUACAGACAAGAAAAAGGUGGAAAUAGAGAUGGCCCACCUUCUUCAGAUAAUCGACCAAAACCAAGUGAAAGUAAUACUAAUAACUCAUCAUCAUCAUCAAGGACUUCUUAUUCUAAUGAAAGGGGUGAACAGGGUAGAUCACGGAACCAGCAAGGUCAAAGUUCACAGUCCCAAAACCAGUCCAGUGCCAAUAAUUCAUACAAAUCAGACUCAUACUCAAAGGGAGGAAACUCCCAGAAGUCACAGUCUAAUUAUAGUGCUAAUAAUAGGGGAGGUAACUCUCAAAAUUACAAUUCUGGGGGUGAUAAUUAUGUUCAAAAUCAGCAGACGCAGUCUAGUAAUUAUAGAAACUAUAAUAAUUAUCCACCAAUGAGCACGAGUGGAGGCCAAUAUCAACAAACACCAGAAUACAUGUACUCCGAGCAACCAGUUCAGUUUAAUAUUAAAGUUGGAGACAAGGUGAUGGCCAAGUACUGGGAAGAUAAUCUGUUUUACGAGGCAUGCAUUGAAAUGAUGACACCUAACAUGCCCACAGCAAUCGUGUCCUUCACGGAAUAUGGUAACUCGGAGGAAGUUCUUCUGACAGAUAUCCGUCCUUAUAUACCACAAGUUAUUCCCCAGCAAGGGCCCCUCAUACAUACAGACAUGAGUGUACCGCCUCCACAAGUGUUCUAUUCUGCACCUCCCCAGCCUGGUGUCUCCGGGGUAGAGGAUGUCAUUCAGGCAUUUGGAGGAAUGGAGUUUCGGAGAGGAGGGGGUGGGGCUGCUUAUUCCCGGAAAGAUGGGCGGGGCCAACAGCAAUAUUACCAACCCCCUCCUCAGAGAAGAUAGAGCAGGGGAAAAAACAGUUCUUUUCUUUAUGUGUAACAAAACCUUUAAGGCCAUAUCAAAAUAUCUUUUUGUUCAUUUUAUUUCAAAAACAUCCCUUUUAUCAGUUAAUUUAUCAGUUUAUGUCUUUAAAUGAUUUUAUUCUUUUAAUUGAAAGUUGUAAAUGAACAAAAAUGUUCUCUGUGCUUUCCAUUUUUGUAGUUUUUGUAGGAGAAAUACUGAAACUUACAAUAAAUUCCUUAACUCAAAAAUAAUCUGAUGGACAAUGGUUUUGAUGUGGCCUUAUAUAUACAUUGUACUGCUGAUAAGACUUCUGUUGUAUGUUGCUUUUUACAAAAUUAACCAAGUGUGCAAUUCCCCCAGUAUUUAGAGGACAA